GCCGCAGUCUGGACACGCUCGAGCUUCUUCUUCCUCACACAGAGAGCCGCUCGUUAACAGAAACACACCGUCAACACUGCUAACAUGUCAGACAAGAAACAGACCGUGGACCUGGGCUUACUGGAGGAGGAUGAUGAGUUUGAAGAAUUCCCAGCCGAGGAUUGGACCGGGCUGGAGGAAGAUGAAGAUGCUCAUGUUUGGGAAGACAACUGGGAUGAUGACAACGUAGAGGAUGAUUUCUCCAAUCAAUUGAGAGCGGAGCUGGAAAAACAUGGUUACAAGAUGGAGACAUCUUAGAGGCUGACGAGCCUUUGAGUCUACGAUGACAUUGGAUAUGGACAUUUAUAUUUGAUUAUUACUGGUCGACCCCACACUACCGGAAGACCGUUGAUGAUGUUAAUUUGUUUCUUUUUUUUGUAAGAAAUGCUGAUGGAAGUAAAGUGUUUGGAGAAAUAA